AUAUUCCAUAUAAGAUUUUAUAAAUGAUAAAAAUUUUUAUUUUAAAAGUGAUAGUUAGAUUUUGACAAUUUUUUUGGAUAUUGAAAUUAAUAAAUAAUAUAGUUAUAACAAAAAUUAUUACAAUUUUAUAUAUACAUAUUAAUUUAUUUACCAUGGUUAAGAAUUGUGAUAGUUUGUAAUACUAUAUGAUGAACAUCUUAAAGUUCGAUAAAAAAUUUAUUUGAAAUGACGAAUUUUUCUUAUAUGUAUUUCAUGAAAUAUUAUACAUACCCAUUCUUUAUAAUUGUAAGUUUUAUUUUAAAUUUUGGCUUUUUAAUUUAUUGAAUAUAAUAAGUUGCUAAGUAAAUAUAAAAUAAGGUGCCUUCUUUUUUAUUAAAAAUUGUGCAAAAAAAAUUAAUUUUAACGGCAAAUAAAAAUGGAUGUCAGUACAUUAUUUAAAGCAAGUGUAAAAACUAUUAGUCUUCGUAAUAAAGCUUUAGGAAUUAUUGAUAAUACACAAAAUAUAAAAAAGGCAAAAAAUAAAAGUGCCUUUUUUAUAAAAGUUCAAGGUGUUGUUGCACAAAUUUCAAAAUUACGCGAAUUUUUGUUGGAAAAUCGAAAAGCAUAUUUAAAUUUUUCUAACUACAUGUCAAAUAUACCAAGUAUGACGGAUGCUGAUCGUGAUAAAAUUGAUGUUGGUGCGCAAAAAAUAAUGACUACUUGUUCCCAGUUAAUCAAGGAAUUAAAAAGAGAGAUAGCAAGUUCUGAAGUUUCUCCACAAAAUUUGGAACAUAGAGAAAUCAUGUUAUUGUUAAUUGAAGAUUAUCUGAAGAAUGUUUGUAAAAUUUAUUCAGAACAAAAAGCAAUACGAGUAAAAAGAGCAAUGGAAAUAAGAAAAAUUGCUAAAUUAGAAUUAGAGAAAAAACCAAUUAAAGAAUUAGAGCACAAAAUAAAAUUAAGUUCAAACACAAAUGAAAAAACUGAAGACAAAGAAAAUAAAAUUAAUUCUGAUGACUCAAGUCCUAUGAAAAUACAAGAAAUAAAUGGGGAUGUAAAUACAUUAAUAUAUGAAGAAGAAAUAUCACCUGAAGAUAUACAAGUAUUUGAGGCAGAAAAUGAACAAUUAUAUAAUGAACUUAAUACAUUAACAGAAGAAGUAAGACAUAUAGAAAGUAAAGUUGUACACAUAGCCGAACUUCAAGAAAUAUUCACAGAAAAAGUAUUAGAUCAAGAUAAAGAUUUAGAUCGUUUAAUGACAACAGUUGUUGGAUCAACAGAAAACGUGAAAGAAGCUAAUGAGCAAAUUAGACAAGCAAUUCAGAGAAAUGCAGGACUCAGAGUGUGGAUUCUUUUUUUUCUUUUAGUUAUGUCUUUUUCUCUAUUGUUUCUCGAUUGGUAUAAUCCAUAAAAUAAAGAGAUAUAUUAUUUUAUUACAUUUUCUUUGUACAAACAUCUGAAGAAUGUUGUAUUAUAUGUAAAAUAUUGAUAUAAUACUUGUACACUCUGUUACUCUGUAAAUGAUAAUGAACAAAACAUUUGCCAAAAUAUGUCAUUGUAUUUUAUCCCCAAACAUUUUACAUAACAGCUACAUCUUAUAUAAUAAAAUUUAUAGUAUAUGUAUAUAUUUAUUUAUAUAUACAUAUUUGCACAUAUACCAUGUACAAUUUUUGUUGUCUUGUUAAUAUUUGGUUUAACAGAAAAUUAUUCUGUAAAUUAAUGAAACUGUCAUAAAUGUGUAUAAGAUACAUUCUCUUAUAUCUUUCAUUGCUUAAAAAUUAUUAAUGCUAUCUUAAUAUGAAGUAUUUAGAGGCAACUCGCUUGAUAUUUCUUCUUUUUUUAAACUUAUAUCUAUCAUGAAUAAAUGAUUAAAGUUUCUUAUAUGGUAUAUAUAUCCAGUACAUAAAAAGUGUAAUGUAAAUAGAUUUGAUUUGUCACUUAUAAUUUUAUGUAAAAAAAUAUUUACAGGAUGUAUCAUCCAUUAUUACCUUUGAUUUACAGAGUAAUUUUAAUAUUAGCUGUAUAUAAUAAUAAUUUGGAUAAGCAACAGCUAAAUCAAACAUAAAUAGCCAAACACAAAUUAGAAUUAUAAUUUUAAUAAAAAAAA